AUGGGCAACUAUGUAUCUUGUACCCUUUCUGGGCCUGCUAGCAAGCAAUCUCGCGGCAUAAAGAUUAUUUUCCCUGGUGGCGAAAUUAGACACUUUUACGAACCGAUGAAGGCAGCAGAGCCCAUGUUUGAAACGCCCGGAUUCUUUCUUGUGAAUACAAAGUCUCUGCAGAUAGGAAGAAGGUUCUCUGCUCUCAAUGCAGACGAAGACUUGGAGAUAGCCAACGUUUAUGUUAUGUUUCCUAUGAAAAGAGUGAAUUCUGUUGUCACAGCGGCUGAUUUGGGAGCUUUGUUCAUCCAAGCUAAAUCAUCUGCUAAAAGGGUGUCCCUGAAAAGAGUGAGGAUCUUGCCGGAAUGCAAUGCCCCGGCGGCGCUAGAAAUUGUGCAGCCUCAGCCUAAAACCACUGAAGCUGCAGUACCCAAGUUGAAUUUGGAUGACAUUGAAGAGUUUUCAACGCCUGAAUUCAGGCACAGAUUGUCUAUGUGCAGAUCAAAGAAGCCUUUGCUAGAGACUAUAGCUGAGGAACCGGUUUGCUCAAGAUGA